CGCACGGCAUGCUGGGAGCCACGUUUGCUGUGGGUGCACGGCAUGCUGGGAGCCACACUCCCCUGGGCACACGAUAUACUGGGAGCCACACUUGCUUUGGGCGCAUGGCAUGCUGGGAGCCACGCUCCUCUGGGCACACAGCAUGCUGGGAGCCAUGCUCCUCUGGGCACACAGCAUGCUGGGAGCCACGUUUGCUGUGGGUGCACAGCAUGCUGGGAGCCACAUUCCCCUGGGCACACGGCAUGCUGGGAGCCACGCUUGCUUUGGGCGCACUGCAUGCUGGGAGCCACGCUCCUCUGGGCACACAGCAUGCUGGAAGCCACGUUUGCUGUGGGUGCAUGGCAUGCUGGGAGCCACGUUCCCUUGGGUGCACGGCAUGCUGGGAGCCACGUUUGCUGUGGGUGCACUGCAUGCUGGGAGCCACACUCCCCUGGGCGCAUGGCAUGCUGGGAGCCACACUUGCUGUGGGUGCACAGCGUGCUGGGAGCCACACUCCCCUGGGAACAUGGCAUGCUGGGAGCCAAGCUUACUGUGGGUGCACUGCAUGCUGGGAGCCACACUCCCCUGGGUGCACAGCAUGCUGGGAGCCACGCUCGCUCUGGGUGCACUGCAUGCUGGGAGUCACACUCCCCUAGGUGCACUGCAUGCUGGGAGUCACACUCCCCUGGGUGCACUGCAUGCUGGGAGUCACACUCCCCUGGGUGCACUGCAUGCUGGGAGUCACACUCGCUCUCGGUGCACGGCAUGCUGGGAGCGCUGGGAGAGCAUCCCCUUGGCCGCGCUGGCGCAGGGCAUGCUGGGAGAACAUUCCCUCGGCCGCUCUUCGUUCAGAGGGCAGAUCCCCCUUGGUUUACCAUGGUUCAUCCCAACGGCUCCAACUCUCCUGCUCCCGAAUGGUUCAGCCCAGGCCGCGCGCGUUCCGACCCGCCCCCGCCCUCCCGAGCGACUCUGAGGCGCUGAUUGGCUCAUUCCCAGGGACCAUGGAGGGCGGCGGGGACCCCCCAGGCCCGGCCACGUCCCGCAUCCGGUGCUGCCUGUCGGACUCCACCACGCGCGAGAGCAGCGCGUCGGACCGCGCCCCGGCGGCCCUGACCCGCUCCCCGACCUGUGCCCGCUGCCGCAACCACGGAGUCAAGGCCCUGCUCAAGGGCCACAAGAAAUGCUGCCAGUUCCAGGGCUGCCAGUGCCACAAGUGCAUCCUCAUCCUGCAGCGGCGCCGUGUCAUGGCAGCCCAGGUGGCCCUGCGCCGGCAGCAGGAGACGGAGCUGCGCCGGCAGCUGGCCAGGGGUCUGCUCCCGCUUGGGGACGGCUCUGCCGUGCGAGGGGAGCCGUGCGAGGGGAGCCAGCGGCAGAAGGCCGUGGGCAGAGAGGAGAAGGAGAACGUGGAGCCGGCCAGCGGGGAAGCAGGGAGCGAUGCCACGGCGCCUGCCGCCCGCCAGAGACACCCGCUCGCCAAGAAGAACAGCUCCUGGGUGCCUCUCCCCCACUGGCCAAGCACGCCAGACCUGCCCUGGGCCUUUGGGGAAUACCAGCCAGCCCCAGCCCCUUGGUUCGUGCCACCUCUCCCCCUGCCACCGCCCCUCUGCUGCCAGGUGCUGCCUCACCUGCAAACUCACCCAGGGUGCGAGGGCAGCGAGAUGGCAUGUGCCCCACCUGGCCUCCUGGCAGUCCCUGGGCAGGUGUUCCCACCACCGCUGGGGCCCAUCUGGUACCCAGCAGCGUGCUCUGACCUGCCUGGCCGCCUGGUGCUGGGCCCCCGGGACAGGAACGCAGGCUCCAGCGCCCUCCGGGAGCCGAUGCCACUGGGCACCCAGGUGCCCUCCGCCUUGGCUCCUUUGCCGCUCUGGCCACCUCAGGGCCUCGUCUUCUCCCCCAUCUCCGAAGAGCAGCUGCAGAAGGAGGCCGCUGAGGCCUUGAUGGUGCUGAGAAACACUCCCAAGCCAGCCCCUGCUGCUGCCAUGCCCACCUUCCUGCCCCCUUGCCCUACCUGGCCGCCAUUCCCCGGUUUCCCUGCCCCGCCCUGCGACGCCAGCCUCCUGAUGGCGUCAGACCCCACCCAGGCGCAGGUCCUGACGGGCUCCAGAGACAGGGCAGCACCUGCAGGGCUGACGCCGCUACGGGCAGCCCUGCACCGACACACCCGCACCCCUGCUCCGCAGUACCGGGGCUCCCGCCUGGUCUCGCCAGGGCCGCCCUGGUGUCCGCCAUUGGUUUCCAACACCCAGGGCUCCAGAGCCAGCUCUGGCAGGGCUCCCCGCAGCAGUCUCCGCUACCCACCGGAUCCGCCCUCUGCGGCCCACAUGCUGCUUCCUGCGCGUGCUACCCUCGGUAGCCCCUACCCGCUGCUGCCCCUGUGCCCUGAGGUGCCUUUUUCCCCUCUGCCCCUGCCGAGCACCCCCAUCAUGAUGGAAGUGCAUGUGCUCCCCAUGCUCAGCCCCGCGCCUUAUGGCACGGCUCAGCUGCCCCCCACAGACCCCGCACCCCCCCCAGGACCCACGUCACAGCAGGGCAGCAGCAACCCGGCACCAGGCGAGAGCAGCAGCAAGGCACCAGGGAGCCCAGGAGCAGCAGAUCCUGCCAGUGCGGUGCCUGGCCACCAGGACCUACACCACCCUGCGCCCAGCACUCCUCCCUCCGUCUCGCUCGACCUCCACCAGCUGGGCUCCAUCUCCAUGCCCAGCUAGGGCCAUACUGCACAGAGCCUUCCCCUGCUUGUGCUGGCAGCUGGUUUGGAAGAAGCCAGGGGUGCGUUUAAUUGGUUUUUAAUUGUCCCAUGUUGUCUACAGGCAGGCUACGACAAUAAAGUCUGGUUUGGACAUGG